AUGACGGAGGCUGGGCAAAGCCUACGGGACCCCAGUCGCCUGAUGAGAAGAGGGGGUACUCGUCAUCCGACCAGAUUUAUUAGUCAACAGAUCAUCCAUGUUGACCCUGCUUCCAACAAAUCCAAUCCAGUAAAUUAUUGCAAACAGUUUUUACGUUUUGGAACAUGGAACGUUCUAUCUCUUGUCAGCUCAUCUACACAGCUCUACCAACUUAGUAAAAACAUUGAUCAGUACAGAUUGGAUCUUUUGGGGAUCACCGAGACUCACAUGCCUGGAUCUGGCACCACUCUACUGGACAAUGGCAGUCUACUCAUCCAUUCCGGUAGAGUCGACGGGAUCAAGAGACAGGGAGUCGGUCUCAGUCUUUCAAAACGAAUCAGAAACUCCCUGAUAUCGUUCACUCCCACAUCGGAGCGGGUUUUAACUGCUAGGCUGCAUAGUAAGCAAAUCAACAUCUCUGUUGUUGUGGCCUAUGCUCCAACUGAGGGUGCAGAGGAGAGUGAGAAAGAUAAGUUUUAUAGGACACUCACAGAUACAUUUGAUGGGCUACCUCGUCACGAUAUCAAGUUACUGCUCGGCGAUUUUAAUGCAAAAGUAACAUCAGGCAGAUAUGGAAGUGAAGCGGUCAUCGGUGGGGAAUCACUCCAUAGCUCAUCAAAUGACAACGGGACAAGACUUGUGGAUUUCUGUGCGACGAACCAGCUUGUCAUCGGGGGAACUCUCUUCGAGCACAAGAACAUUCACAAGGGAACAUGGCGGUCCCCCAACGGGCUCACCGUCAAUCAGAUAGAUCAUAUCUGCAUUGGAAAGCGGUUUCGUCAGUCACUUUUUGAUGUUAGGGUAUGUCGCGGGGCAGACAUCGGCUCCGAUCAUUAUCUGGUUCUAGGACUGCUGAAAAUCAAACUUCAGUCAGUGACAAAGAUCAACGCCAACAGGCCCAAUGUGCCUGCCAUUGAGCGCCUGAGGGAUAGUAAUACGGUUUUAGAGUACAAUGUGGCUCUUCAAAAAACCGAUUUGCAAGUCUGGAUAGUGAGGUCGACCUCGAGGAUAUGUGGCGUAAUCUCAGUCAGACCGUCACUGAUGUCUCACUGGAGUAGCUCAGUUAGAGUAGCUACUGAUCUUGAGGAAGCAGCGAGCAAAGGUCAGCAGCGUGAGGGAUGGGCAAAGAUCAAGAAGAUCUCUGGUAAGAACAAGAAGCCUCAAGCAUCUUGUGUCCGGGACAAGGACGGUAGGAAGAUCACGGAUCCCCAACAGCAGAGGGAUAGGUGGAAGGAGCACUUUACUGAACUUCUGAACCCCCCAUCAUCAAGUGUCAACCUUGCCGACCUUGAUACAGUACCACCCCAACCCCACUUUAACUCUCUCUCUUGUUCGGAUGGACCACCCACCAGAGACGAGAUUAGUUAUUCCCUGACAAAGCUUAAGAACAACAAAAGCCCAGGAGUGGACGGGAUAACUAACGAGCAACUGAAGUAUGGUGCGAGUGCUCUAGUUGAUCAACUAGAGUGUCUAUUCAAGAAAGUGUGGGAAGAAGAGACUGUUCCUGAAGAUUGGUUAAAGGGUGUGAUCAUUGUUAUUGGGAAGAAAGGAGACACUUCAGUCUGCGGGAACAACAGAGGGAUCACAUUAAGGUCUACAGCAUCCAAGCUUUUUCAGAUGAUUCUUCUUAAGCGGUUACAUGCUGGUAUGGAGUGUCUCCUCAGGGAGAAUCAGUGCGGAUUUAGACAGAACCGCUCAUGUAUUGAUCAGAUUUAUUCUCUCCGAACUAUUAUUCAUAACUGUCUUGAGUUUAACAUUCCUCUUUACAUUAAUUUUGUGGAUUUCAAGGCAGCGUUCGAUUCUAUCAGAAGGGACUUUAUUUGGUGCAGUAUGAGACACUAUGGGCUGCCUGAAAAAUAUGUCAGAAUAUUUCAGUCAUUUUUUGGGGGUACCAUGAGUGCCGUGAGGGUUAAUGGGGAGCUGACAGACUGGUUUGAUGUUAACUCAGGCACAGCAAAGAUGUACAGCAAGCAUGAGAGAGAGAAAGAAAGGAAAUAUGGAGACCGCUGUGUACAAAUUGAAAAAGGAACCUGCAAUGGCCUUGUAUUCUCGACCACCGGAGGUAUGGGCCCACAGGCUACCAUGUUCCUUAAACGAGUAGCAACACUUCUGGCAGCCAAGACCAGCCAGGACAAAAGCCUCAUCAUGGCAAAUCUAAGACGUCGUUUGCG